AGCAGAUCUCAUAUGAGAAGACAGCCACUAAUAAUAAUAACAGAGGCAGAGUUUUAUACUUCACCAGUUUUUUGCUAUUGCUUUUGAACAAAGUUUGUUGAGGUUGAAAUAAACAGAGUAUUUUUACGCAAUACUUUUGUCGGUUCUCCAUACUCCAUUUUGCUGUUUCGAGGGUCAAUUAAUGUUCAGCAUCAGUCAUGCCAAGGGGAAAAUGCAUUAAAAAUCCAUUGAAGUUUGUAGAUGAGAGGAAAAACAACAAUGCUUCUCGUUCACUUCAACCUCCAGCACCAGCAGCAUCUGAAGAUACCACUAGUGUAGAGGCUAGUGAGGCUCCUUCUCAAGCCGCUGCAAAUUCCAUUUCAUCUAAUGGAGCCACACGUUGUUCUAACUCAAAGUCUUCAUCUGCUUGGAAUGUGGAGAUAAUUGACUCUACAAAUAUGAAGAAGAAGGCUAAGAUCAAAGUCAAAGAUGUUUGCAACUUACCUAGGAGAAACCGUGUAAUUGUAGAGGUUGACGAAGAGGGUGCGGCAUAUGGUGAAGCACAAGGUUUACUUGCUGGCUAUUGUGGUAUAUUAGCAACUAAUGCACAUAUCUUUCCAAUUAGCUUUAAAAAGUGGUCAGGACAAGAAAAUGGUGGCAUGCCUAAGUCUUUCAAGGAUGAGUGCUUUGAUACAAUGAUAAAGUUUUGGGGCCUGAACACUCUGGGAGAGUUCGCUGCAUGGGCAUGGGAGCAGCGCCUACAAAUACCUUUAGGAAUGUGAGAAGUCGACUUAAUGGGAUGACAUUCUUCACUAAUUCAGCUGGAUCUUCUUCACCUACUACUGCUGCAACUUUAUAGGAAAAGAUCUAUAAUUUGGAGUCCGAUUUACAUAAUUCACAGCAAAAGGUCACUAGUCUAGAGUCUAAGUUGCAGCAAUCAUUUGAUAUGAUGAAAGCAUACUUAAUGAUGAAGGAAGGAGGAAUUCCCGAAGCGCUUGUUGGCUUCUUUUCUUCCUGAGAGGCUAAUGAUGCUGAAAGCGAGCCUACUACUCCUUUUGAUGCUAGGAGAUCAGCUGGUGAUAGCAACGGACAUCCAAGGACAAAUAUU